GUUGUUGGUGGUCUUGGUCUGUAUUGAAUGGAUAUUCUAGAUUCUUGUUAAAGAAAGUUAGAAAAUUUAUUUGUGAUGCUUUUCAUUCAGUUUUUACUUUAUUCAAAGUAAUUUGAAGUUACUCCAAAAGGAAGCUUUUCUCUUACUUCAAAGUUCUUUAAAAUGCAGUUUUCUGCUCAAAAAGAGAUAUGUUUAAAAAAGGCAGACCUGAGUAAAAAGGGAUCUGUUGAUUCCAGGAUUAGCGAUUUAGUUAAUGUUUUGAAUUCACACCCUUCAUAUUUUACUACCAGUUCCUGUUCUGGUCGUGCUAUUAUCUUCACAAGUUCUGAUGUAAAGAAAAAAGGUUGCAGUUGGAUUUUUGUGAGUCAUGAUCAAGUUUCUUCGAAAGAAAUUAUCAACUCACUUAAAUCACAUAGUGGUUCUGCAGUGCUUAAAUUUGAACCAUUUAUUCUGCAUGUACAGUGCUCAACAAUUGCAGAUGCUCAAAAAAUGCACGCUUUGAGCAUUCAGUCUGGUUUCAGAAAUUCUGGUUUCAGCAUAGGUAGGAGUGGGAAGAUUAUAUUGGCUGUUAGAAGUACUCUGGCAUUAGAAGUUCCAAUUUCAUCUGAAGGAUGUUUACUUGUAUCAUCUGAGUAUAUAGCAUACAUUGUAGAUAAUUUGAAUCAGAAAAUGGAGGAAAAUUGGCAAAGAACACAAAGGUUUUAUUUAAAUAUCCAGGCAUCCUUUUCUGAGAAGGAAAAUAUGCAGUUAGUUUUGGCAAAAGAAAAAGCUUCAAAACAGUUAAGAUCUCAAGUAAACAAAGAACCAAAGUAUAAGUCACCUAGUCCAGUAUCAUUUGACUCAUUUUGUGAUGGUUUUGAGAAUUUACUGAAAAACUAAGUAAAAAACAUAUUUUAUAUCAUUUUUUACUUAGGAAAAAAGUAUGAAAAACUAUAAAGUUAAAAAGUGAAAUAUAAUCUACAUUACCUGCAAAGUAUGAAGUUCCGCAUUCUAUACGAGGCAGGUAACCUGCAGCCCUGAGGUCACAUGCAGCCUCUGUCACUGUCUUGUGCAGCCUUAAUAAAAUCUCUCAUGUAUUUAACUACAU